AUGCAGGAAAACACAGAGGAGCAGGGUCUCGUGAGGGAAGAUAACGUUUCAUCGAUCAGCGAUGCAGAGGAGCGCAGAGUUUUGGCGGAAGAGCUUGGCUGGGCCAGACUGGAGCGGCAAAAAAUCCUCGCCCUGUCUGCGGAGGCUGAUGAUGCAAUCUGGCAUCUGGUCUCACUUGCACGGAGGAGGAUGCAAGAAAGGGACGAGGCCAGGAACCAAGCGAGGAUGCUGCUCGCGGACCUCCAGGCAAGAAACGCCCGGGUGAUGGCGCUUCCUGGAACAUCGUGCUCCAGAGUUGCACGGCCUGAUGCGUUCGCCGCCACCGGCUACGAGCACAACCAGGCCCUUGCUCCUGCCGCGUUCAGGCCUCUGGGAAGUAGCAGUACGAUGAUGCUGGGGCAGCGUGCCCGUGCAGGAACUGGCUACUGCGCUGCGUCGUCCAGCGGCUUCGGCCACAGGAGCAUCGGUUCGUCUCUGGACGCCUACGCUGUUCUGCCGUCUCUACUUGGCUUCGCUUCCUCGAGCCAGGAUCACUUCGAUCCUGACAUGUUCCUGGUCGACGUCGCGGAAUCGCCGCAAGAUGUCGUUCCGGUUCCGGCCACUGCAGAGUCCAGCCAGGGGAGAAGCUCCGGCUCCGGCACGUAUGGUCAUAUUUAG